UUUUUGGCCUAUAUCUGUCAACUUUCCUACGCCUGUGAGCACGCUUCCUCAGUAGAUUACUGCCAUUUGCGUUGCGGGGGUUGUCUGCUCUGCAACCAACACAAAAGAGCCAACAGCUUUAAGCCGGAGUCUUCUGGCUUUGAUCGCCAACAUCUUGCUGCUCAUUCUGCAGCUACUAAGUUGACUGAACCAGUUCUUUCUGAAUCGAAGGAGACCCCAUUAGCCAACGGACCAUCCCAGGCGCUGGAGCCUGUUCGGCGGCACCGUCAACUGGUCGAAAUGAAUGGGUUUGGAUUACUCGGACAUCUCUACGAUCUUUCGACAGGAAACGCGAUUGGAUCUCGGUUUUCACGGAUUGCACGGCACAUUUUCGUUCGUUCUUGUCGUCCUUAUCUUGCGUAUGUGUUCGUCAUGUUUUCUUUAACCUCAUUCUAA